AUGUCUCGUAUAAUAAUCUUGUUGCUCUUCGUCUCUCUUGCUCACGCUAUUAUCCCGUACCCUCAAUCCUUCGAAUACGCUGAUAAUUUCCUACUCCUCGGCCCUUCUCCUAAUGUUAACUCUCCGGAACAUGUUAAAGAUACUGUAAACAACGCACUCGAUCAAAUUCACAGCUCCCAACACAGAAGACUUUCCAUCGCUUUGGGCGGCGAGGAUGUUGAAUCACUCACUGACUCCACUCCCGUAAUCACCUCUGUUGACGUCAACAUUGAAAACGAUAUGCCAAUCCAAGACAUCUUCAACCAGCCUAUCGACGACCGCGAUGAAUCGUACUACCUCAAUAUUCCUUACAUGGAAUCUGACAUCACCGCUACUAUCUCCUCUGCAAAUGUCUUAGGUUUGCACCGCGCUUUGUCUACUUUCCAGCAGCUCUUCUACAAGCACCCUUCUCAAGAUAAGCACUACCUUACAAACGCCCCAAUCACCAUCAACGACGCUCCUGAAUUUGGCUGGCGCAGUGUUAUGUUGGACACCUCACGUAACUACUACAACAAGGACUCCCUCCUCUCUCUCAUCGAUACCAUGUCCUUUGUUAAGCUCUCUGUCUUCCACUGGCACAUGACUGAUCAACACUCAUGGCCACUCGUCACCGAUGUUCACCCUGAGCUCUACGAGCAAGGCGCAUACCCAGGCAUGCUCUACACACAGCAAGACGUUGACGACAUCAUCAACCAUGCUCGCUCAAAAGGGGUCGAUGUAGUAAUUGAAAUGGAUCUUCCCGGCCACACGCAAUCGGUAGCUGAGUCACACCCUGAGCUCGUCAGCUGUAUUGAUCGUCGACCAUGGUCGCAAUACGCUGCUGAGCCACCAGCCGGCCAGUUAGACUUGGAGAACGAUGACGUGAUCCCAUUCGUAGAGUCAAUACUCGACGAUCUCCUUCCACGUACUCAAUCCAAGUAUUUCGGUACGGGCGGUGACGAGCUCAAUCCAGCUUGCUACGAUAUGACACUUGAGGAGUUGGCACCGCUCGUCCGCUCCUUCCAAUCAGCGCUCACCGACAAGCUUUCCGAGUACAACAAGACUGCUGUUGUCUGGCACGAGCUGUCAACCGAGUAUGAGAUGCCGCUGAGUGAUGGCACGCUUGUUAUUAACUGGUCCACCGCAGACUUUACGUCACAAAUUCUCGCAUCGCAACCAUCCAGCGUUGGCAUUAUUCACGCCGCGUCUGACUACAUGUAUCUCGAUUGCGGUACAGGUGGUUGGCUCGGUGGAGCACCCGAUGGUACUUCCUGGUGCGAUCCUUUCAAAUCAUGGCAGAAGAUCUACUCGUUCGACGCUUACGCCAACAUGAACGAGAGCGACAGAAACAGAGUCGCUGGUGGUGAGACUACGCUGUGGUCCGAGCAGGCUGACUCUGCCAAUUUCGAAUCUCUUAUUUGGCCUCGUGCUGCUGCUGGUGCGGAAGUUUUCUGGACACAUCCAGCGCCAGAGACACGCACUGCUAAUGCCGACGACGCUCUCUACAGGAUGAACGAUGUUAGGUACAGAUUGGUCGACAGGGGCGUGCAUGCCGCUGCACUCCAACCAUUGUGGUGUGCUGUACGUCCAGGUAAGUGUGAUAUUUGA